AUGUUCGAAGCGCCUGCAAAGAGGCGGAGGCUAUCCGCCGACGAACGGGCUCCUGACACCAUCGUAACCAACACCGGCCCAAAAAUACCAAGUCCACGCCGGCCGUCAUACUUGUCUCCAACGAAAAGCUCCCUCUCACGAUCAUAUCCACAUCUCGUCGAACGAUCGAGUCGUCGCUCGCUGACAGGCGACAGAGGGAGAAGUUUACGGGACGAAGUUCUGCAAAAAAAGCCAGCUCAUACCGAGGCGCCUGAACCCGAUAAGAUCUCUCAACCCAUCAACGCAGCAGAAAACCCGCUGGAAGAGACGGUGCAAGACCCGGUUGAAGAGCCUGCCGGAAAAGAAGCACCGAGUGCACCUACGAGUACAAGGCCCAGUGCCAGGCCGCCGUCGCCACAGAAAAGUCCUCAAUCGCGGUCAACACAGCCACGGCCGUCAAGAGUGCAUGGAUCGCAGAGAGCAAGUCACUUCGCCCAGGAUGCUCUCUCCCCGCCUAUCAUAAUGCCUUCUCUUGUCCGCCGAACAAGUUCGAAUUCUCACUCGGCCACUCGUUCCUCCAGCAAUGAGCCAGAGCUACCCCCGACACCUGUUCAGUUAGGACUAGACCCUGCACCCGACAAACCUCGAGGCCUUGCCUCCAGCAGUCCGAGAAGUUCAAGGUCCGGCAGUGGAAGAUUCAGGAGGAGAACACAGUCCCAGCAACCGUCCACCAGCAGUCCGUUGAAACCCAAAGCCCGCGCACACGCUCCAAAAGGUAUGGAGCCUUUGGCGAGCUCCAGGGAGGAGGGCGAUGAGGCUCCGGAAAGCGAGCUUGAGCCCUCAGAAGAUGAAGUCACCGAAGAUCUGCCACCAGAGCUGCAAGAGAAGAAGUCAUCUCUUCGCUCCUUGCAAGAGGAGCUGAGCAGAUUGAAGAAAGAUGUUGAAAAACUGGACAAUUCUGUUGAACAUGACCAAGCUGGCGAUAAAGUCCUGGCGCUUUUGCAAAGCCUCACUUCUGACAAUCAAAUUCUCCCCGCAGACGUUGAGGCUCUGCCGACACACCGUCAUUUUAAUUUGUUCGCCCCGGGAAACUUGUUGCUCAAGCAUACUACCCAACUACUGAGCCGUGAUGGCCAACCGAAGCUGCUUCACAACGUUACUGCCGCGGCACCGCCUCCUUGGCUCCCAAACACUUUCGCCUGCACAUUUAAUGUGGUUGUGGAUACUGAGACGGGCCACGUCGAGAAUACUCGAAUGCAAGAUUCCUUGAGAGAACAUCAACCUGCAAAAGCACCCAGACGUGGAUUCUUCAAGUGGGCAGAGCAACGCUUGCAAUCUCAACCUGGUCGUCUCGACAUACACCGUCUUGAUGUCGCAGGCGUAAUCUGGGGUAUGGGGAAAUGGUUCUCUGCCACAAUUGAACGUGCAAAAGUUUUUCGUCACUUGGACCUGCAAUACGUCAAGCUUGCGACGGCCAAAUACGAUGAUAACCUUUCAAUGAGAAAAGAGUCCUUGACUCAGGAAAUGACAGUUGAGCUUUCCCCGUACCUUGAAAUGACGCAGCUUGAGGUGUCUGCUCAGAUAUCAAGGUCCAAGAAGAGCGAUGUGCCGACGAGCGCCAAAAUCAUGUUGGUCUGGGACCUCGACCUCGACUGGACUGGAGAAGCCGUGUCCAAUGUCUCGCUGGGGUUGAGCGGUAUGUCGACCAAGGCGGAGACGGGUUUCAAGGAGGUCUUUGCUACGUUAUAUCCAUCCAACGGAGUCCUGAAUGCUUUUGAAAGUGUCUGGGAAAUGAUUCAUGCAGAUGGAGAUGACGAAGGAAACGCCGAGGGCCAACUCAAUGGCAAGCGGAAACGAGUGUGA